UCUCACCCAAAUUUAUUGAAAGUUUUUGGCUAAUGCUUGACUUUUCAACAUAUACUUCAUACUUAAAGACUUCAGAUUUAGCUUUGUUGUUGAGCAGAAUAGCUGCAAAGAUGUUGGUAAAAUAUUUGAAGGCUUUAUGCGUUUACUUGGUGUUUAUAAGGAUUUGGUGUAGGCCUGCAAUUUCAUAUUCAGUGGUCACCUCUCUUCCUGGUUUUAAUGCUUCACUUCCCUUCAAGCUUGAAACUGGAUACAUAGGGGUGGAUGAUUCGGAGCUUUUCUAUUAUUUUAUUGAAUCAGAAAAGAAUCCAGCGGAGGAUCCUCUCUUGCUGUGGCUCACUGGAGGCCCUGGCUGCACUGGUGCUUCUGGGCUUUUCUUUGAAAUAGGUCCCUUGCGUUCUAACAUAGUGGAGUACAAUGGCAGCUUACCUACUUUUUCUCUGAAUCCUUAUGCAUGGACAAAGGUUUCAAGUAUUAUCUUCUUAGAUGCUCCUGUUGGUACUGGAUUCUCUUAUUCAAAGACACAGCAAGGUUCCAAGACUGGGGAUAUGAAACAUGCUACUAGUUGUUAUAAAUUUUUGAGGAAGUGGUUGGAGAGCCAUCCCAAGCUCAUCACCAAUCCACUUUAUAUUGCCGGUGAAUCAUACUCGGGAUUGGUUGUACCUAUAAUUACUCAAGCAAUAGCAGAUGAUAUUGAAGACAUGGGAGUAACAGUAUUCAAUCUCAAAGGUUAUUUGCUUGGUAAUCCAUUAACAGACAGAAAAAUUGAUUUAAACGCAAGGGUUCCAUAUUAUAAUCGUAUGGCCCUUAUCUCCGAUGAACUUUACAAGUCAGCCAAAAGGAAUUGUAAAGGAGAAUACAUAGAAGUAGAAGUCGGUAACAAAAGAUGUGCAAAUGAUCUUCAGGCUAUCUCAGAGUGCAUUUCACACAUAUACUUGAAGCAUAUCUUGGAGCCUGUAUGCUGCCCUUCCAUACUUCGAGAAGUGGAUGUUUUGGAGAAUAACCGAAAAUAUCUCCUAGAAACUUAUGAAAACUCCUGGCCUUCUGAAUGUUUUGGGUGUAGCAACUAUAAUACUUACCUUUUGAAAGUUUGGACAAAUGAUAUCAGUGUCCAGAAAGCACUCCAAGUCAGAAUGGGAACAAUCAAAGAAUGGUUCAGAUGCAACCCAAGCUUGGAUUAUGACAAUGAUGUUCAGAGUUCUGUAAGCUAUUAUCCACGUCUCAUUACAAAAGGUUAUCGAGGUCUAAUAUACAGCGGCGACCAUGACGCAGGGAUUCCAUAUUUGGGAACCGAAUCAUGGAUUAAGUCCUUGAAUUUAUCCAUUGUUGAUGAUUGGAGGCCAUGGUUUGUUGAUGGUCAAGUUGGAGGAUACUCGAGAGAAUAUGAAAACAAAUUCACAUUUGCAACUGUAAAGGGAGCAGGUCAUACAGUUCCAGAGUACAAUCCCAAGGAAAGUUUCGCCAUGUUCAAUAGAUGGAUUUCUCAACAGCCUCUGUAAUCAACUGCUCCUUCUGAAUUCCCAUUAUUGAUAUGAUUAUAUGAAAAUCAUGUCACAAUAAGUUAAUCACAGCGGGAAACUGUGAUCGUAAUUAUGGUGUAAAAAUAUGCCUAAAGACAUUUUCCUUUAUGCAGUUUUUAUUUUAUUUGCA